CAUUGUUUAUUUUAAUUUUUGUUGUUCCUUUGUUGCCUGAAACUCUUCAUAUAAUUAAAAACAGUUUAAACAUCAUAAUUCAUCACCAUUUAAUAUAAUCAACUGCGUUACCUAAGCGUUAGUGUUCAACAUAAACUGCAAGUGCACAAUCAUAAAUGCAUUUAUAAGAGAUGUCUUGUCAAUGGACGACAACUGUUAUGGUCAUUUAGGCCAUUUAAAAAACCAACACAAGUUACCAGCCAUAAUGACCCCUGUCAGUACAAUUUCUUCGGCUCACAGCGAUUUUGGUCUUCCAGAUGUGACCUUCACAUCUCAUUUUACAUCAUUAAAACUUACUCCCGAUUACAAUGACAGUGAUGAGGAAGGUGAUGGUCAUUGUCAUAGCUUCUUACUUCUCGAUGAGAAAGAAAGACUGAAGGUGUCUAGCGUUGAAACGUUUGUAAAACGUCUCAAUGGAUAUAAAAAUACUAAUCCAGUUAAAGUAAUAUCUAUAUUUGGAAAUACUGGUGAUGGAAAGUCGUACACAUUGAACCAAUGUUUUUUUAGAGGUGCAGAAGUAUUUCGCACAUCUUCUGAACAAAAAGCAUGCACAGUUGGAGUUUGGGCAGCAUUUGAUCCAUCCUUGAAUGUUGUGUGUUUAGAUACUGAAGGAUUUUCUGGUUCAACUGCUCAUAAUAAACAAAGGACUAGGCUUUUGCUUAAGGUUUUAGCUGUAUCAGAUGUAGUUAUAUACAGAGUUAAAGGUGAACGAUUACAAGAUGAUAUGUUUAAUUUUCUUGGUUCAGCAUCUAAGUCAUAUAUAAAACAUUUUCAAAAAGACUUACUUACUGUUUGUAAUAGAUCAAUAGAUCCAAUUAAAUGUGCUGAUUCUGUAAAAGGACCAACAUUAUGUAUUUUUCAUGAAACUAGAAACACUGAACCAUUAGGACGUUAUAAUGGUAAAGAUGUCUCAGAGCAAAUACAAGAUAGAUUUCAUGAAUUACAACUUGACAUUGAUGGAUUUGCAUCUCUUCGCUAUGUGGGAAUUCAAACUAUUAUUCCACCAACAGAUUUUGGUCAAAUUAGAGAAGUACUUAAUGAAGAAAUUAAAAAAAACUGUAAUCGACCACAGAGAUCUCCACAUAUUGUUUAUCUGACUCUUAAAGCAUUGAACGACAAGUUUACUGGUGUAAUUAAAACUUCAAUUGAACCGCUCUUUCCAGAUCAACAUUUAACAUGUCCGACUGUAUGUCAAUCUUGUGAACAACGAUGUUCAAAUAGUGUUGGACAUUUAAAAGAUAACAUUCCCCAUUUUAACAAUUCUAAAUGCAGGUAUCAGUCACAAUUUGAAAAUUCGGUUUAUAUUUGUAAAGUGUGUGCAGACAACGGAACACCUGUUGUUGUUACAACAAAUUAUACUAAUGAUAACCAAAAUUCUUGGUUUAAAUAUGCGUUGUCUGGGUAUACCAUUGAUUGUCCACAAUGUGGUGUAAUUUAUCGUAGUAAACAGUAUUGGUAUGGAAAUAAUGAUCCAGAAAAAUCUGUCGUUUAUACAGAAACAAAACAUAUCUGGCCUGGUAUGGAUUUGCCUUCCUCAUCUAGUAUGAAUCCUGCUAGAAAAGUGUUGGAUGGAGUAACUUAUCUUUCUGAAACAGUUGCUAGUGUUAGUUAUGAACCAUCCCGUUUGUUAUCUUCUUGGGUUGCUGAUCAAUUUGCACCUAAAUACUGGAAACCAAAUGCUGAAAUAAAGGAAUGUAUUGUUUGUAAAUUACAAUUUUCUUCAACAUCAAUAAAACAUCAUUGUCGAGCGUGUGGAGAAGGGGUUUGUGAUGAAUGUUCUAAACGAACAUUGUGUGUUCCAGAAAGAGGAUGGAAUACACCUGUUCGUGUGUGCAAUUUUUGUUAUAAACGAUCUGGAAGCAUAAGUAGUAAUUGUUCAGAUUCAUCUAGUCGGGGAGACGAAAACGAAGUAGGGGCUCGUAAGUUUAGUGAAGCUGUAGUACAAACAUUAUCUUCUGUUGCUUCUGUUCUAGAAUAUCCAAAAAAUCUUAUCAAAGAUACAGCUAGACCAUCUUAUUGGGUACCUGAUAAUGAGGCAUUAGAGUGUUAUAUAUGUAAAUCAGAAUUUGGAUCUACUUUAAUAUUGCAUCAUUGUCGUGAUUGUGGCCAAGGCGUUUGUUCCGGUUGUUCCAACCAUCGAAAACCAGUCCCGCAUCGAGGUUGGCCUAACCCUGUACGAGUGUGCGAUUUGUGUUCUAACCAAGACACAUAAGUACAUUUUUUUAUUUUUUUUGCUUUAAUUUUUUAUAACCUUUAUUUAAUUUAAUAAUGUGCAUCAUUUUUUGGUAUUCCAAACUGGAUAGUGACUUAAGAAAUUGACAAUUUGAAGUACAAAUUGCCAGUGAAUUUUAUUAUUCCUUUUGUAUUGUUCAUUUUUUUUCUUCAUUGCCAAAAAUACAUAAACAAAUUACUGUGAUAGGUAUGAUUUAAGCUAGUCCUAAGUGGUUUCCUUGAUUUCUUGGUGGUUCUAUUAGUUUUACUCAUUGUUAUGAUAGCUCCAUUAUCAUUAAUUAGUAUUAAUUAUCAUAUUUUAUUGUUUGUUUUAUUUUAUUAAAUACUCAUUUAUUGACCAAUUUA